AUGGCUGUGCGUUUACAUAAUAUCAACAAUGUACUCAUUGCAUUCAACGCAUUUGGUGACAUUUUGCAUCAGAUCGGCCAUAUCCCAUUUGCAUACUUUAUCUUCACUGGAAUUACUUUUACACCUUUACGGACAUGCAUUUGGAUACAGUUAAUACCUAAUUUUGGUUUAAAUUUUGCAUUGGUUAUAUUAUUUUUUACCAGCGUAGAUCGAGCUAUCGCUGUUUUAAAACCUGUUAGAUAUCGAAAAAUGAGGAUGAAAUUUUAUAUCCCAGCAAUGAUUCUACCUGCUUUACUUUAUUCAAUCGCUAUGCUUAUAUUG